GCUAUCGAGUCAUAUCGUUGUAAUUCGAUCGAGAAACAGCUAUUUUGCAUUGUCCGGUGUUCGUGGAGUUUUACGCAGAUUUUUCUGUACUGUGUUAAUCUACAUUCUGCAGUAAGAUGGAAGGCAGAGUAUCCAGCAGAAGCGCUGCAGUGGAAGCGGUUAAAAAAAGUGUCGUUUUACCGAAAAAUACCGAAAACAGCAAAGCAAAGAUGCAACGCGUGAAAGCGUCCCAUCCAUCAACGGCGGAGAUGGUAAAAACGGCUAUUAAAGAAUUGAAGGACCAUAAAGGAUCGUCCCUUCAAGCCAUUAAGAAGUACGUGACAGCAACGUACAAAAUCGAUGGUGAAAAGGCGUCUCCGUUCAUUAAACGCUAUUUGAAAGCAGCGUUAAUAUCUGGUGCUGUUCUGCAAUCGAAAGGCAAAGGUGCAUCCGGUUCGUUCAAACUUCCCAUCAAAGCCUCUGAAGUUAAAGCUAAAAAUCAAGCCAUGAUCGCAAAGUCUAUUCGAAAACCGAAUUCGAGAAAGGUAACCAAUCUGAAGAAAAUGCCUGCUAAUAGAAAGAAGCCAUCACCGUUGAAGAAAGACGUCAAGCCCGUUUCGGCUGCUAAAAUGAAGACCAAAGUGAAACAAAUCUCCAAAACCACGAAAACUGUUAAAGUGCUGCCUGCAAAAACUAGGACACCGAAGCCAAAGAAAGCGACGACCAUCAAGGCGAAGAAAAUUGUCGCCAAGAAGUAAUUUCUUAAUUGAAGCAAAUGAAUCAAAAUGGCCCUUUUCAGGGCCAACCAAUUUUUUUAAACGAGGAAAUCUUUGUUCGCA